CAAAGGACAGCAGAGAGUGGCCUUUUCAGCAGUUCCAGGUUCUUCUGACUGUGAGUGUGGUGGGAGCUGACUUAAGGGGCUGUGUGGACACAUUUGAAGGCACAUUCUGUGACUCAAACAUAACGUCACCUGAGAAAACAUCCCUGAACAGGAGCAGGAUCAGGACAAAAUGGCCGCUUCUCAGGGACCAUUGUCCUUCAGGGAUGUGGCCGUAGACUUCUCUCAGGAGGAGUGGGAAUGCCUGGACCCAGCUCAGCGGACAUUGUACCUGGAUGUGAUGUUGGAGAACUACAGGAACCUGGUCUCCCUGGGUGAGGAUGACUUCCUUCCAGAGCUCCUCCUGCAGCCGGAGGCCAUGUCAUCUGAAGACAACCAGGCCUUACUAGAAAAGCUGGGAAUACAAGAUAAGUUGUCUGAAAUAAUACUGAGAACACACAACGGAGAUAGACCUUAUCAAAUCAAUGAACAUUGGAAAAACUUCAACCGAAAGUCACGUUCUACUAAAUAUGAGAGAACUCAGGUUCUCGAGAACCCUUAUAGUUAUGGAAAAGUCUUUGACCAAAUAUCAGAUCACAAUAUACAUCAGGUUAUUCGUAUUGUGAAGACAAAAAAACAAAGUAAAUGUAUCAAACCGUUUAAUUUAUCAUUAAGUGACACUGAGCAAGAGAAUAUUUAUACCAGGGAAAAGGCUUUCAAAUGGAAUUUCUGUGGGAGAGUUAUCAGUUCAAUAUUUAAUCUAAAUAGGCUAAAACAAUUUGAUACUGGAGAAAAACCUCAUAAAUGUAAGUAUGAUGAUAAAACAUCUAAUUGGUAUCCAGGUUUUAUGCUAAAUCAGAGACUUCAUACUGGAGAAUCACCUUACAAAUGUGAACCAUGUGGCAAAGCCUUUAAGUGGUAUUCAAGUCUGACUGUACAUGAGAGAGGAUUUCAUACCAGGGCAAAACUUUACAAAUGCACUAAAAGUGGAAAAAGCUUUAGUCAGUACUCAAAACAUACUCAACAUGAGAGAAUUCCUACUGCAGAGAAGUCUUAUAAAUGUUCAGAAUGUGACAAAGCCUUUGUCUGCCAUUCUAAUCUUACUCGACAUCAAAGAGUUCAUACUGGAGAGAAACCAUACAAAUGUAGGGAAUGUGGCAAAGCCUUUAGCCAGUCCUCAGACCUUAUUCAACAUCAGAGACUUCAUACUGAAGAGAAGCCUUAUAAAUGUAGAGAAUGUGGCAAAGCAUUUAGUCGGUCCUCAACCCUUACUGUACAUGAAAAAAUUCAUACUGGAGAGAAACCUUACAAAUGUAUAGAAUGUGGCAAAGCCUUUAUCCAAUCCUCAGACCUAACUAAGCAUCAAAGAGUUCAUACUGGAGAAAAACCUUAUAAAUGUAGAGAAUGUUGUAAAGCCUUUAGCCGGUCCUCAACCCUCAGUGAGCAUCAGAGAAUUCAUACUGGAGAGAAGCCUUAUAAAUGUAGAGAAUGUGGAAAAGCCUUCAUCAAGCCCUCAAAGCUUACUAUUCAUCAAAGAAUUCAUACUGGAGAGAAGCCUUAUAAAUGUGGAGAAUGUGGCAAAGCCUUUAGCCGGGCCUCAAAACUUACUAUCCAUCAUAAAAUUCAUACUGGAGAAUUACGUUACAAAUGUGUAGAAUGUGGCAAAUCCUUCAGUGAGUCCUCUGCCCUUACUUACCAUCAGAGGGUUCAUACUGGAGAGAAACCUUAUAAAUGUAGAGAAUGUGGUAAAGGUUUUAGCCAGUCCUCAAACUUUAUUAAGCAUCAGAGAGUUCAUACUGGAGAGAAGCCUUAUAAAUGUAGAGAAUGUGGCAAAACAUUCCUCCACUCCUCAAACCGUACUCUCCAUCAGAGACUUCACACUGGAGAGAAGCCUUAUAAAUGUAGAAAAUGUGGCAAAGCAUUUAGUCAGGCCUCAACACUUACUGGACAUGAGAGAAUUCAUACUGGAGAGAAGGCUUAUAAAUGUUCCGAAUGUGGCAAAGCCUUCGUCUUCCAUUCAAAUCUCACUCGACAUCAGAGAGUGCAUACUGGAGAGAAACCAUACAGAUGUAGAGAAUGUGGCAAAGCCUUUAGCCAGUCCUCAGGUCUUACUCAGCACCGGAGAAUUCAUACUGGGGACAAGUCUUAUCACUGUUUGCAAUGUGGCAAAUCCUUUAUCUACCUUUCAAAUCUUAUUCGACAUCAGAGAGUUCAUGUUUCAGAGAAACCAUUCAAAUGUAGAGAGUGUGGCAAAGUAAUUACACAGCCCACAGGCCUUACUCAACCGGAGAGAACUAAUACUGCAGAGAAGCCUUAUAAAUGUGGAGAACAUGGCAAAGCCUUCAGCACGUCCUUUGAUCUCACUAUCCAUCAGAGAAUUCAUGAUGGCAAAAAGCCUUAUAAAUGUAGAGCAUGUGGUGAAGCCUUUAGCUGAUCCUCAUACCUUAUAGUCCAUCAUAGAAUUUAUACUUAGAGACACCUUACAAGUUUAUAAAAUGUGGCAAAGGCUUUCACGAAUCCCCUGCCCUUAUCAUUAGAGAAUUGAUACAGGGGAGAAACCUUAUGUAUGUUCAUAAUUAAGCAAAGCUGGUCCUCAAAACUACUGCCUAUCAAAUAAUUUCUUUACCAGCACUGAGAACACAUUCAUCACAGAAAUCAUACUUGGAAGGAGACUAAUGAAUAUGAGUAAGUUAGAAAAGCCGUUGAAAGCCAUUUUUAUGUUACCCUACGUGAGAGAGUUGACACUUAAAAGAUAUCCUACUGACUUAGAGACUGUGGUAGAGCCUUUGUGCACCACUUAACACAUACUCAGUGUAAUAGUAUUCAUAGUGGAGGAAAGCCUUACAAAGGUAGAAAGGGUGAGAAAGCCUUUAAUCAGUGUUUAAUUUUACUGAAUAUCAGAGCUUUCCUACUGUAGACAAACCCUAAAAAUAGGAGUGUGGUAAAUUCUUUUCUUUGCAGUGGGAUCUUAUUUAACAUCAGAUCAUUGUAUCUGAAAGCAUGCCUUUCAAAUGAAAAGGAUGAGGUAAUCCUGUAAUUAUCACUGGUGUCUUACUCAAUACAACAUAAUUCAUAGUGGAGGGAAGACGUUAUUGAACAUGAGCAUUCUUACUGAAGAGAAACAUUAUGAAACUAGGGAAUGUAGCACAGCCUUUCACUUGUGCUCAAACUUACUCAACUUUGGAGGAAUCAUUCCAAAGAAAACAGUAAAAAUGUAAGGAUUCUGUGAGCUCAUCCAGCAUGGC